UGGCAAACCCACUCAAUGGCCAAUCAGAACAGACGCCGGACUCGGCAGAGUACGUCUUACGUCAUACAUCGACACUGCGAAAUUAGGAGUCAACUCUGCAGUCUUUUGCUUUCUGUAGCUGGUAGAAACACUUCACGCCCACUGUACUUUCAAGCAGCAAACACUCCAAGAAAAAAAGCCACGAGCCACAAUGGAGGGAUAAAAGAACUCGUGGGCCCAGACCCUUGGUUGCAGACACCUGUGGGAAGCGCCAUAAUGGCGGCAGCACCUUCCCCUCUGGACCCAGACCUAUUGAGAGAAGUUCUGGAAUGCCCCAUUUGCCUGGAGACGUACAACCAGGAACAGCUGCGACCCAAACUCUUACAGUGUGGCCACACAGUAUGUCGACUGUGCCUGGAGAAACUUUUGGCAAACACCAUCAACGGCGUGCGCUGCCCCUUCUGCAGCAAGGUGUCCCGUAUGAGCAGCAUCUCCCAGCUGGCUGAUAAUAUCACUGUGCUCAAGAUUAUAGAUUGCACCGUGUCCUGCAGCGCAGCCGCCGCUGCACUGAUGUGUAAGUCCUGCUGUAGCCGUCUACCGAGACAGUAUUGCCACGAUUGUGCCGUGGUUCUUUGUGAGCUGUGUAAAGGUGAGGGCCACCUGCACCAAGGCCACUCUGUCCAGACGAUAAGACUCGCUGCCGAGCAGCGCCGUAAAGAACUGGGAGGCAGGCUGGCCGCUCUCCGUGACGUCAUGGGAGAGAUUCAGAAGAAAAAGAGAGCAAUAGAAAGCAUUUCCAAGUCACUGAAGCUGAAGUACCGGACAGUUCAGCAGGAAUACGCUACGGCGGAGCAAUCCAUUCAAGAGGAAAUGAGUCGAUCUCGAAUGACGUUCACAGCCUCAAUGGGGGAGGUGGAAAAGAUUAACGCACAGGUCUUGGAGGAGCAGGCGUACCUCCUCAACAUCGCGGAGGUAAAGGUCGUGUCACGCUGUGAUUUUCUUACCAUGCAGGUCAGGCAGAGUGAUACGGCUCUAUUAAAAGACGACGGCCCCGGCAGCGAUGAUGAGGAGCUGGAUCUGAGGAGCAGUUUGCCGACACAGUUCCAGCUGCAAGAGCCAGGUCUGGUCCGAGUGGAGCACUCCAAACCUUUAGAAGUGGGUCACGUGACCACAAACACUUACACGGUCAAUACAGAUGAUCAGGGGGGUUUAGAGGUCGCACAUGACGGGGAUUUGGACGGAGUAGUCGCCACGCUUGGAGCCACCGGGGGUGCUGUGGGGUUUUCGAUGGAUCUUUACAGAGACAUGGACAUGGUGACAGGUGUGGAGGAGGCAGGAUGCGACUCUCCCAGCAGCUUUAAAUCCAAGUCCAUGGAUGCAGGAGGAGGAUCGCCGGCCGGGGCCAGUGCAGGCCCUCCCGUUUGUCAGUUUGUGAAAAAGAUGGGCUGUAAGGGGACUCUGCCCGGCAUGUUCAAUUUACCGGUCGGCAUCUGCGUGACAGGACAAGGUGAGGUGCUGGUGGCCGACCGUGGCAACUUCCGCGUCCAGAUUUUUAACCGCAAAGGUUUCCAGCGUGAAAUCCGACGCAACGCCAGCAGCAUUGACAACUUCGUCCUGAGUUUCCUCGGGGCCGACCUGCCUAACUUGGUCCCUCUAUCAAUCGCUGUGACCCCACAAGGCCUGAUUGGCGUCACCGACAAUUACGACAACUCCGUCAAAGUCUACACCAUGGAUGGACACUGCAUUGCUUGCCACAAGAACCAGUUGAUAAAACCCUGGGGGAUAACCGCCAUGCCAUCGGGCCAGUUCGUAGUGUCAGACGUGGAGGGCGGCAAAUUAUGGUGUCUAGCGGUGGACCGCAACGUGGGCGUGGUCAGCUACAACAGACUGUGCUCUGCUGUCCGCCCUAAGUUUGUCACAUGUGAUGCGGCAGGAACAGUUUAUUUUACUCAGGGCCUGGCUCUGAACUUCGAGAAGCGACAGAAUGAGCCCCACCUGGAGGGGGGCUUCUCUAUCGGCUCGGUCGGGACGGACGGCCAGCUCGGCAAACAGCUCAGCCACUUCUUCUCCGAGGCCGAGGACUUUCGGUGCAUCACUGGAAUGUGCGUGGACGCUAACGGGGACCUGCUUGUUACAGACAGCGGGCGAAAAGAAAUCCUGCAGUUUCCUAAAGAAGGCGGCUUCAACGUUCUCAUCCAGGACGGGCUGACCUGCCCUGUGGGCGUGGCCACCACCCACAAGGGACAGUUGCUCGUCUUGGAUUGUUGGGACCACUGUGUCAAAGUCUUUACCUACAUUCAAAGAAGGCAUUCUUCCACUUCGUAAAACAACUUAACUUGUUAAGGAAAUGAAAAUGUGGAAGUCUGUAUUGAAAGAGGAAGCAGAAACACGUCACUUUAAGUUAGCUUCAAGUUUAACUCAUUUAAAUCUAGCUUUAAUUUGUAAGAAUGGUCAAUUCAGACAGUUUUUUUCAGUUUGCACACAGAGGAUUGUGGCAAAUCCUUUGGUGCGUGUUUAGAUCAAACGCCCUGGAAGCCAUCUCACUACAAGCAAAGGAAGCUGCUGUCAAAGGUUUUUCAAUCUCUACAUCCACAUUUUUUAACCCGACUGCAUCAGUUGAACCCUUCAUGCGAUUUUCUUAUACAUUUUUUUGUAGCUUUGCACAACCCCCCCACCUCCGUACUAAAAGUUCAACUUAAACUUGUAUUUAUGUAUAAAAUAAAGCAUAUUCAGGCAUUUGCCCGGUGAAGCACUUUAUUACCGACACCUCACUGUGUCCCAUAGCAUUAGGGUCUAGUAGAACACUCAGUCUGUGGCUUGAAAGUUUAUGUGCGAUUGAACAAAACCAAAAACCAGCAACAAUCAGGGAACAGUAACUAUCAAUUUGCUGUUGCUGUUUGCUGUUUAAAGAAACAAACAAAAAAAAAGAAAUCCUGCAAAAUAUAAGUAAUUAAAAUGCAUUUGCAUUGCUGCGUGGAUAGUUGGAGGAAUAAAAAAUGUUAUGUGCUUUUAUAUAUUAUUUUAUUUUUUAUACUAUUAUGAUCCUGUUCACAUAUUAACCACAAUCAGCAGAAAUAAUCACAAGUCAAUGGAACAUGUUACAGCCUCAGCAUGUUAAGAAUAUUGUAUACUGGUUUAUAAAUUAGUACUUUUUCUGCAUAAGAAUCAACACUAAUAGAUUACUGCCUUAUCGAUAAAAAUAGAAAAGAAAAACUAGACUUUAGCCCUUUAUUAUAGAGAUGAGCACAUAUAAAAGUAUAUAAUCGGGCUUUAAAGCUACACUUAAUACAUUUUAUUAACAUUUUUGAGGGUUUUUGUGUUUUAAAACAUUUUUUUCUAAAACUUCUUUCUGAUUUGAAAGUCAACACUUGGCAGUAAGAUGGUUCUGCGUUGAUGUUGAGCAUUAAAGCAUCCUGAGCCGCAUCUAAAACAUGUCUUCCAUGCGAAACGAUUAUACGUGGAGAACUAAAACAAGACUUUUAAUUCAGGAUUUAAUGAAGCUACAAGAAGACAAUUUCUGUGGAAAUGUCAUUCAUUUAUGGAUCAUAAGCAACUAUAUAUAUUUCAGUCUGCAUUGGGUUGUAUUUCAGUUCAAUUUGCGUUGGAUUAUAGUUCUUUGCAGACUUUUUUGUGAUGUUUGCUGCCAGCACUGCCCUGUUUAUGUGAUAUUUUUCUAUAAUGACUCAAAAGUAAUUUUUUGUUUAUUUUAAAUAGGCUAAUCUGCCUGUAUUUCAUCAAAUCUGUUAAGCCUCUUAAACAUUUAUGACUACUAUUUUUUUUAAACUGGAACAGUGCUACUGUGUCCAUCUCUGAAAACUGUGGUUUAUGGGAAAAUGUUUACUUUAAGGAAAAUUAAACUCCAAAAUUACUGAAAGAAAUGACAUUUGAUUUAUUUUUAGGAGUUUCUAUCCAAAAGCUUUAAUUUUGUUUGCUCAUUAAUAUUUAUUAGUUUGCAAAGAAAAUGAUAAACAUUUUAAUUAAUUUAAAGAUCGCAUUACAACUUAAUCAAAAUUAUAGUUUUUUUCUGACCCAUUUUUAUUUUAUUCACAUUUUUAUAAUUGUAGUUUAUUUACACCAAGCUGACCUUAACUGUAUUGAAGCCUGACAUGUUAAAGAGAAAUUUAAAAGCAAGUCAAGGGUCAAACCUGCCACCGACAUAUCCCUUAUGCUUCUCUUUUAGAUCACAGAUUUAAUUUAGGUUAUACACCUAUAGUAUUCCCCUCAUGUCAUCUCAUUUAAAGUAGUUAUCAUAAAAAGCAGUCGUUCAAAUAGAUGAACAGAGAAAACUGCAUUAAAUCAAGUGUCCUUGUGUCAGUGCGGUGAACAUUUAAGUGUCUCACAAACAAUAAUCUGUGUUUUGUUUUAUAUAGAUGUCAUCUCAUACUACUGAUCUCUGGUGUUGCUCUUUUCCCCUCUGCAAUGAACCAAACUCUUUUGUUCUUUUUUAUGUUCUUUAGAAACAACACUGGUAAAAAGGUUGAACACAUGUACUUCACUUCAUGUUUGUGAUGUUGAUCAUCUGAGUGCAAUAAAUAAUUAUGAUCCAAA